AAAAUCGGAAGUGGAAAGCAGAUGGAACUGAGAAAAAAUACARCACUUCUGAGCCCAGGUUGUUUUGACCAGCGGCUACCCACGUGAGUUUUACGACCCAAUUACAUCAUGGGUAUUAUUGUUCAUUAAUGCAGAGAGUUCAAUACUAAGGAAAUAUAACAUCGACAAAAACCUCACGACUCAGCCUUUGUGGCCCAAAAAAAUACCAAAAUGCCGCUGUUUUCAAAUUCUACGCCUUUUGACGCUGACAUAGAAAAGGCGACAAGCGAACUGAAUACCUCUGAAAACUGGCAAGUUAUUAUGGAUAUUUGUGAUCGAAUUCCYCGAGAAACUAAUGGGUCAAAAGAUGCGUUACGAGCUAUAAUGAGAAGAGUUGGRAACAGAAACCCUCACAUUGGAAUGCAAGCAUUAACGUUAUUGUCAGCAUGUGUGAGUAAUUGUGGUAAAGUGUUUCACUUGGAGAUUUGCUCCCGAGAGUUUGUCAACGAUGCAAAGUACAUCAUUCAAACAAAGAGCUUGACACAUCCCAAGGURCAGGAAAGGUUAAAAGAACUUAUUGUAGAAAUGGAGGAUAUGUUUAAAGACGAUCCACAGUUAAGUCUCGUUUCUACUACGAAAAGCCAAUUGAAAGCUGAGGGUAUUGAAUUUCCUGCUCUAUCAAAGCUAUCUUCACCAUCAAAAAGUAGUAGUACAAGCAGCAGUAGUUCUUUGAAAAGUUCUUCUUCUGGUGGAAGUCUUUCAAAAGAAGAGGAAGAUUUAGCUCGAGCUAUUCAGUUAUCUCUACAAGAAUCAGAAGGAUCCAAACCUAAAGUCAGCAGUUUAUAUCCAUCUGUUAUGUCUGGUACAUCGUCAAGCUCUUCUAAUAAUAAUUAUGCAUCUAUUAAAAAGCUUCAAAGAAAGAAAGUUAAAGCAUUAUACGACUUUGAAGCAGCAGAAGACAAYGAGUUAACAUUCAAAUCAGGAGACAUUAUUUCAGUACUGGAUGAUAGUGAUGCAAACUGGUGGAAAGGAGAGACGUAUGAUGGAACAGGACUUUUUCCUUCGAAUUUUGUGACAACUGAUCUUUCAGAACCCAAACCAGUUGUAAAAGUUGAGAAGAAGAAGAAGGUUCGUUGGGCCGAUACACCAGCUGGACAGCAAGCCCAACAAGAGCAACAACAACAGGUUCCAAAGCCUGAACUCAGUGAAAACUCUGGGUAUUCAAGCCAAGGACCAGGACUACCAAGUUAUCAAAGUGCUGUCACCAGCAUGCCCCAAGGGUACCCCUCUCAGGCACAACCAACACAAGCUCCUCCCCAACCCCCACAGUAUAUGUCUUCACCACAAAUKUAUGCUCCUCAAGGGGUACCCCAAGGUCAGGAUUAUGCAUCCCAGCUAGCAAUGCAACAAUAUCAAGCCCAGUCUCUCCCAGUCAACUCCUUACCAGGYUACUCAGCUGCUCAYCAACCRCAAAUGGUCUACAGUCAACARCAAAUAUUAUGACCUUCCAAUGUACAUAUUUUAAAUACCAGUAACCAUGGUUACAUGAYUGACAGUCGGCAAUGGUCUGAUGCUUAAAGGCAUGUUGCRAGAAAAAUGAUAGAAAAAUAUAUAUAAAGAAAUAAUGAAUUGAUGACACAGGUGAAGCCAAUGCCUGCCUUAUCUAUUUUUUUGGGAACUUUACUGGUGUAAAGUUCUACUARCAGCACAGAAUAUGUAGUUUUAGUGGGAAGGAGAUAAUGUAUAAUAUUAUUUUACACUUCCUGUCUAUCUUGAAAGGUAAAGUCUGAGAUUUUKCAUCAAAGGGAGACAGCACUAGUUGAGCUUGCAGUAAUAGAUACCUGUGAAUAAUUGUCUUAGAUAUGAACAAAUGGGCUUAACUUCUCUGAGGGUUUGAUGCAAAGGCUUCGCUACUUUUGAAGAUGGUACUUUGAACUCUAAGAUAGAGUAUCUAUAGAUCUUAUAAUCAGCUAACGCGUUGCUACGUAUGUUACCUCCCAAUUCAAAUCCUGUGGGAAAAAUUACUUUUGUUGUUAAGAAUUCAAGUSUGAAACAAAACUACAAUGAACAAUGAAACUUACUCCCAAGUGCUUUGAAUUGGGUUGAAAACGUGGUAGCCAAUUAGRUCUAUCKGACUUUUCCUCUAUCAAAAGAUACUUCACUUUCUUGACAGAUUUUAGCAAUCCUUGGGACUUAAGGUCGUUAUCUAGAGUGUUUGCAUUACAAUAAAUUCUCUGUUGAAUAAAGAAUAGAUUACAUGCUUUCGA